UGACUCGUUCCCUUGAGCCACCCGCACCUGGUCAAGCUCGAGGCGCUCUUGCAGAGACACACUCCUCGUUUCACCCUCUUCCUCCUCCUAUCCCCCUUCCCCCUCCCCCCUCCCCCUUCCUUUCUUGGCAUUGGCAUUGCCCCAAGACACGGGAGUGCCUAGUGCCUAGGUGUGAGUGUGGCAAGAGUGACUGCGACCACGCUGUUCGAUUGUCACCCUUGACAGAACACUGCUGUCGUAGGCAAGGAGCAUGGCCGGUGAGGAUCUAGAGACACGGUGGAAUGUGCAGCUAGUGUUGUUCUCGUACUUUGCUGCGGUGUUUGGCUCGGCGUCGUGCAUUCUAUUUGUUGACGAGGCGGUGAGGAGCACGAGCCAGCGGCGAAGCAUGCUGCUACUUGUGGGCGCGUCGCUGGUGUUUGGGGUGUGCGGGGUGUGGAGCAUGCACUUUCUGGGCAUGGCUGCGCUGGAGAUCGGCGAUCGCAAAGUCACGUUUGAUCCGUUGCUCACGACGCUGUCGGCCUUUGCGCCGCUCGCCUUUGUCUUUCCUUCGCUCUACAUCACGCUGGUGGGCCUUAACAACCACCGGCGGCUCGACGCGGCCGGUAGAGCGCGAAGCCAGAGCGUGGUGAGACCGAUGCGGCGGGGCGCAUCGUCGUCGCGGAUGACGGCCACUGUGGCUAGCAUGCACACCACGCUGCGCAAUGUGGUUGCCAACGCGCCGUACAUGGCCGGCGGUGCGGUCAUGCUCGGCUCGGGCGUUGGCGUCAUGCACUACACCGGAAUGGCAGCGAUCGAGGUUGAGGGCGCGCGGCUAAUCUUUAAUCCUGUCUUUAUCGUGUUGUGUGUCUUGGUUGCUGUUGCAGUCUCAUUUAUCGGCCUCUCGAUUGUCUUCUUUGUGCCGUACGCCUUUCUCCGCUUUGCGGCCUCGUUUGUUGUCGGUGGCGCCGUUUGCUGCGCCCACUACACCGGCAUGAUGGGUGUGACAUACCGGUCGAUCCGCGCAAUCCCGUACUCGGCCACGGCUGAUCUCGAGCAUACCAACGACGCGCUUCGCCUCUCGUUGGUGGUCAUCAUUGUGUUCUCUUGCAUCCGCUUCCUCGCCGAGUCGGUCCUGCACUACUUGGUUGUGCGCGAGCGCGAGGAUCAGGAUCUGGCGCUGGAGCGGCUGUUGGCUCUCGCCAAGGAUACGCGGUCUGCUGACGCCAGCUCGCCGAUGAAUCGGUCACGGGCACCGUCAGGAGCCGACCAGCUCCCGACACCUGGAGGAGGUGUCGGCACACGACGGAGCGUCGCCAUGGAGCUGGGCGAGAUGUAGCCGUUGCAAAAUUAACAAGGGCAAUGAUGAUGUG